UAUAAUGUAGGACUAUAAAGGGGGGUUCAUAGACUGGGGGCCAAUACAAAGAAAACGCAUCCGACACAAACACUAAGGUGACAUUAUUUAAGUUGAUCACACAACAAGCCAUGUAGAACAAAGUAGGCUGUUCUCGGAAAUAGACAUGGACGGUGGGAGAUGAGCGGCCACCACUUCACACACAGGAAUACAUGAUGGCCAUCGAAUUGCGUACGUCACCACCCAACUUGUUCAAGUGCGCUUCCCGCCCACUCAGACGGAGCGGUGCACCUUCAUGCGUGUCCUCCUCUUCCUCCUCUUCUUCAGUGACGAGUCAGAACAAUGGUGAGCUCACCGCCGGGGCACGGUCGCACGUCCAGCCGCGCGAGCUAUGAAAUGCACCCGCGGAAGAGGAGCCAGAUGGACAGCCUCGUGCAGCCGCUCGUCGCCCAGUACCUCGCGAUGGGAGGCCAGUCCAAAGAAAACAGCGCCAAUGGAAAUAUCUCAGCAAACGAGGGGAAGGAGAAGGAACACCCGCGGUCGACCGUGGGUACCAGCCCCAGGCCCCGGGUCUCUCCUCCUGGCCUGGCUCAGAGGUUCCACCGGCCCAGCCCCGGCCAGCAGGUGACCCAGGGCAAGAGCGUCACGCCCCCCCUGGGACACCUCAACAAAGGGGCCAGCUGGGAGGAGCUCCUGCAGGCCUGCUUGCUGACCUUUGACUCAGAUGGUGUAUGUGGGAGCAGCCACCUGUUGAACAUUACCCUCACCAUGCACCGUCUUCUCAUGUCCUCCAGCGACCUCAUGGACAAACUCACAACCCUGUUCAAAACGGCGAUGGACAACGAACAGCCCGCCGAGUGCCAGAGGAUAUGCUACCUGGUCAGGUUCUGGAUCCAGGAGUUCUGGAUGAUGUUCCGGUUGCACAGCAGCCUGUCCGACAGCCUGGAGCAGUUCCAGGAGCUGAUCCGAGACCUAGGACAGGAUCAUUUGGCUCCACUCCUGGAGACCAAGUGGAUGGAGCGAGACUGGUCGUUGAAGGCCAGCCAGAAGAUUAAGGCAAACUGCAGCAAGAAGAGGAAGGUAUCUCUUCUCUUCGACCACCUGGAGCCCAUCGAGUUGGCUGAACACCUCACCUUCCUGGAGUUCAAGUCCUUCUGCAGGAUAUCUUUUGUCGACUACCAGAGCUACAUCCGCAGCUGCUGCAUGAAGGACAUCCCCGCCAUGGAACGUUCCAUCGCUCUGUGUAAUGGUAUCUCCCAGUGGGUGCAGCUCAUGGUGCUGAGCAGGCCUACAGCUCAGCUGAGAGCGGAGGUUUUCACCAAGUUUAUUCACGUGGCCAAGUGCCUCCAUCUUAUUCUCAACUUCAACACACUAAUGGCGGUGGUGGGAGGCCUGUGUCACAGUUCCAUCUCCAGGCUGAAGGACACGAGCGCACACGUAUCCAGCGAGGUCACCAAGGUCCUGAAUGAGAUGACAGACCUGCUGUCGUCCUGUAGGAACUAUGACAACUAUAGACAGGCCUACGGCAGGUGUGCAGGUUUCAAGAUCCCCAUAAUGGGCGUGCACCUGAAGGACCUGAUCUCCGUCAACGAGGCCAUGUCGGACUAUGUGGAGGACGACAAGGUGAACGUGCAGAAGCUGCAGGCGCUCUACAGCCACAUCCACGAGCUGAUCCAGCUGCAGCAGACCCCGCCCCGGCUGGACGCCAACAAGGACCUUGUGCACCUGCUCACGCUGUCCCUGGACCUGUACUACACAGAGGAUGACAUUUACGAGCUGUCCUACGCAAGAGAGCCCAAGAACUGCAAGGCGCCCCCCGUCACGCCAUCUAGACCCCCAAUGGUAGUGGACUGGGCCCCGGGAGUAGCCCCCAAACCAGAUCCGCGGACCAUCAGCAAACAUGUGCAGAGAAUGGUGGACUCCGUUUUCAAGAACUACGACCACGACCAGAACGGCUUCAUCUGCCAGGACGACUUUGAGAAAAUCGCAGCCAGCUUUCCCUUCUCCUUCUGUGUCAUGGACAAAGAGAAGGAAGGCCUCAUCAGCCGAGAUGAGAUCACUGCCUACUUCAUGAGAGCCAGUGUCAUCUGCUCCAAGCUGGGCCUGGGCUUCGUCCACAACUUCCAGGAGACCACGUACAUGAAGCCCACCUUCUGUGACAACUGUUCAGGAUUCUUGUGGGGCGUCAUUAAACAAGGCUACAGAUGCAAAGACUGUGGGAUGAACUGCCACAAGCUGUGCAAGGACCAGGUGGCCUUCGAGUGCAAGAAGAACGCGAAAGGGGCGUGUGCAAGCGACAGCCCGAGCCCCAGCCUGACCCCUGUAACAACAGGGGUCCCGGAAGGCUCGGAGGACGGGCCCUUCCCCUACCCGCCAGACGAGACCCGGGAGUGGAGCCCAGGGUCCCCGGUGCAGCUGCCCCCGCUGAUACUGAGGCACCAGAGGGUCCACAGUGGCACCCAAACAGAGUGGCCCUCCCUCUCCUCCACCGCCGCCGCCGCCGCCACCACCGCCACGCCCACCUCCCCCCAGGCCGACGGCGGCCGCCCUCAGCCGUUCUUCCUGUUGCCCACCCCGCCCGCCCUUCCCCCCUGCCCCAGCCCCGUGCCGCAGCGUAAGAAGCGCUCCUACGCCAAGUGGGAGAACCGGGCGUCCACCGUGCAGCGGUCCCCGGAGCAGGAGGACCGCAAACCGGGCGUGGAGGAGCUGGAGACGGAGAACCACAAGCUGCAGGAGACCAACGAGACGCUACGCAGGAGGCUGAGGGACACGGAGCGGGAGGUGCAGACGCUGCAGACGCUGCUCCGGAGAAACGCCCUGCACCGCGUGGAGGAGGACUCCUCCUCCUAGCCUCGCCGGGCCGCCACCCCUCCUAUUGAGAGACCGCCGGCGGCGUCCCACACGAGGGCCCUCAGACCUGCGGGUCCUGAGGGGGAACCCGGCUCGCCAGCCCCUGACUGUUUCCCUCUGCUGCGUAUCGGACGCCGAGCCUCCGCCUGUUGCCAGGCAACGGGGGGGGGGGGGUCUGCGGGUCAGAUUGGAUGGAGAGCGUGUGGGCAGAAGGGCGGAGGCUGGAGACGCUCCGAGCCGUUCCGUCGCGGCCCCCGGAUCAAUGGAGUCACGUGACUUUAUGGAUCGGCCGUACCGCCGCCUCCCUGAAUGUGACGUCGGACGUCGGUGUUCGUAUGUGCAUGCCAGGUUUUCUUGUGUUGAGGUGGUCUGUUAAGGCUCCUCUUAGAUAUUGAUAUGGGUGACUUUAUAUGACUACGGAAUGAAUCGCUAUGGGGGGGUGAGGAGAGGUGGCCCCCGCUGUAGAAGUGUGAUAAUAACUGCAUUUAUUUAGCGUUUUUCUUGUCAAGUUGAAGCACAUACACACACAUACACGUAAACACGCUGGAGACACACACACACACACACACACACACACACACACACAAUGGACCCACACACACACACACACACACACACACAUAGACUUGACACACACCCCCAAACACACACUAGCACACACACACACCAACAGUGGUGUCUACCGAGUAAGGUUGCAGGGAUCAGGAUUAAACGUGCUAUGUUGAAGGUCACUUUGAAGAAGCCAGGGCUCGGAUUGGACAAAACAAUUCCCUUUAUUAAGGAAUCAACAAGCUACUUCCUAGCGCAAGUACAAGACAAUCUGCAUUUCAAUGAAGCAACAACCUACAGCCAAUUCAUUCUAAUGUACACGGUCAACCUUUCUACAUUUAGGGUAAGCCAUUUAAAGGAAGGACGAAUGUUAGCAGAAGUUGGCCUUAAAGGGGCUACUGUAAAGCAGUAUUAGGAUCAGUUUAACUGAAGUACAACAUUAAAAUGGAAAUGACAAUGUUCUUUGCUGGUAUUUGAUUCAGGAUGGUGGUUACACUGUGAGAGCCAGCCUUUUUAAGUCGUGAAGUAAAGGCACUAUAAACUGAACAGUGGCGAUACACCUAAUGUGGUAUUAGUUGUAGUUGCCUCUUCAGCAUGUAAAUAAUUGUCAUCAAUAUAUAUACAUGUCUACAUGUAAAAGUACUCACUUCAGUGCUUACGCUGAUAUUUAUUGUUUGAAACACUACAUUGUUUAUUAUUCUAAUAAAGUUUUUUUUUUAUUGGUUUACUUAUUGAGCUAUUAAUGGUUUUGUGUCUUGCAGUAUUUUUUCUUAUCUUACGUGCACCUCUCUUCACUGUCAGUUUCUUACUAGCAUUGCAGUAGCAAAUGGUGUAUUCUAUCCUGUGAAGCAAAUGCAAUUGUAUGAAAUGUCCUGUAAAUAAUGAGACACAUCUAGUAGUUGGUCCUGUCACUGAAGUCCUUCUGAAUUUCAUCAAUCAUGUUUUACAUUGUGGCUCUGUGUGUUCUGCUAUUGUAAUAAAUACAUUAUACGAUAUGUUAGCAUUUGCUACUUUGAAACACCACCAGGGAUCACUGCUGCAUCACUUUAUGCUCUGGGAUUUUCAUCUAUUUGUUGUAAAGAAUUCAACAGUUUUGGCGGCCAAGUGAAGUUCUCCAAAUGUUGUUCACUAAUUCAAUUAGUGUGAUUAACGUCUCCUGUCUAAUUAGUCGAUCUCAGACUCAUUACAACACAGUACACUCUGUUUAUGGUUAAACUUUGCUGUAUGGCUUAAAUAUGAAUGUAUUCUUAAGAUUUAGCCUGUGCGCUAAACAACAGAUCUAGGUGACCCGGUGUCAAAUUAAUGUAAUCACUUGUUUGUUUAAUUUAUUGUACGGAACCAAAACAAUCAUUUGAUCAUUUCACAAAUCGAAAGUGGUAUUUGUGUUUGUCCUAUCCAUUACUUGUUUACUUGAGAAGUAAUUUGCCUUGGUAAGAAAAGUGAGCAGAAAUGGCACAUUCAAGGUCUUAGGCCGUCUUCAGCACAUUCUUACUCUGACAGCAUUAAGCAGCUUGGUGGUUCCUGCAGUAAUUACAUGUCGCACGGCAAGCUGCAAUAUAGAUUUUUAUAUAUAUAUAUAUACACAUACACAUACAUAUGUAUACAUAUAUACACACACUUUUUUGACACUACAACCCUUCUCUAUAAGAAAAUCCGGAGAUCAAGCCACUUUAAAUUGGCCCCCUAGGCAACGCGUUGUGGCUGUGUGAUCUAUAAAUGCCAACAGGCUACUGUGCUACGUGGGAAUAAAAGAAAAGGAAGAAAAACUGCAGCGAGGCCGAAGACUAAAUAAUUCCUGUGCCAUAACAGCAGCAUUCAAGCCAAGCGUUGGUGACAGCUAAUUUACUCCAAUGUGUGAAUGUGACACCCAGCCACAGGGAAACAGAAGCCUUGAGUGGCUCUGCAAUAAGCCCGGUGCUGUCUGAUAUCAAGGCUGGCCCGAUACAGAGAGCCACUGGGAUAAAGCCCCUGACAAUACCCUGAUUAAAUAACAGUAGAUUGAAGGUAGAUGAAUUACAUCGACAUGCGACUAAGUGACGGCCGAUAUUUGAUUAUGGAACUCAAACAUGAUAACAGUGAUGC